CAUCAUCCAAUUGGAAUGAAUUCCGAUACGAUCAAUCGAGGAGGAGUAAGAAUUCUCCUGAUCGAUCCACGUGAUUACCUAUACCUAACAGUAACAGCCAAUCGGUUGCGUUGAGGAAACACCAACAUACAUCAAUGGAAUCACCACCGAAUAUAUGUGGAUGAUUUUGAUGUCUUCUCUGAUCUGCUGAUCUGAUCAUUUAUGUAUAGGUUAUAGGUUACACGAAAACCUGUUUGCUGGAACCCGACUUCCGUGGGUAAUAAGGGUGCUGGCUGGCUCUAGCAGAAACGAAGGCUUACUGCUUUCUUCUCUGCCGCGAGCGAUUUCCGCAUCAAGAACCGAUUUCAUGACGAUGACCCACCACCAGCACCAGUCGUUCCCGAUUCUCCCUCCUUAAUUAUAGUAGUAGUAGUAGACCCGCAACCAACCCCAUCGAACUUGGCCUUGACACCACCACUUGUCCCCGGUGAACUCGCCGGCCGGAUCAUAUUCUGUAACAAUAUGCUAUAGAGUAUAGAUAGAACAUAUGUACGACCAUCUUCUCUCCCCUCUUUCUCGCUCUUCUGCUUUAAAAUGAGAACAGAGUAGCUUGGGAUACCGCCUCGACCUCAACGCGUGCAUUCACAAAGCGAGGGGGUGGAGGCAGCCUCUUUCUUCUCUGAUCUCUCGUCGUGGGGUGGAGAAAGAAGCCCACCUCCGACGUGCAUAAUAGCAGUACAACAUGGACAAAACUUCAGUCCCCCGCCUGCCGUCGACCAAGAAGCGUGGCACGCUACGACUGAUCAAGGCAGCGCUGCUAAAGCUGGGCCGCCGAUCGUCCGGGAAGUCUAAAUCUGCCCAUGUCGGCGUUGAAACCAAGGGUGUAUGGAAGGGAAUUUUGGGGACAAUGAGCCUUUUACGCCUCCAUCACCAGUCCCCACAGUUGCCCAUUACGCCUGCAGACCACACUACCCGGCCGGAGGAGGAAUCUUUUCAGCCACCUCCGGCACUAGUACAGGCACCGCAGUCAACUUAUUUAUCCCCUUCGAGCUCCUAUCAAAGCCUGAGCCGAUAUACUUCGGCCCAGAAUCUCCAAGAGCUUGAUAAUAGCGAAGACGAUGUUGACGAUGGAGACGAAAUGAUUGAUGCCAAGGCUGAAGAAUUUAUCACCAAUUUCUACGAGCAGAUAAGGCUUCAGCGACUGGAAUCAAUGAAUCGUCACAAGUCACAACAACAAUACAACCUUAAUUAAGGACAGGUGUUGUUCAGAAUUCAAAUGAAGGAAAUGUAGAGGAAACAAUGAGUUGAGUCUUGCGGGACGCCAGUUA